AUACAACGAAUCUAAGAAGAGAAAGAUGACCUUGUAUGAAAGGUCAUUAGUCCAGUUGAUAAUACUAUAUUGUUAUAACUGAAGACACGUGUCACUUGUUCGUAACAAUCUAAUUAAAAAAUGGCAAAAAAAUUGACUGCAAAGAUUGGACCUUCGAUUCUAAACGCUGAUUUGGCACAACUUUCAGAGGAAUCACAAAAAUUAGUUAAUAGUGGUGCUGAUUAUUUACAUUUAGAUGUUAUGGAUGGACACUUUGUACCUAACCUUAGUUUUGGUCACCCAUUAGUAAAGUGUCUUAGAAAUAAAGUAACAGAUGUCUUUUUUGAAACGCAUAUGAUGGUUUCUAAUCCCAAUCUGUGGGUAGAGCCAAUGGCUGAUGCUGGUGUCAACCAAUACACGUUUCAUGUUGAAGCAGUAAAGAAUGUUUCACAACUUUGCAGAAAAGUUGGGGUAGCACUUAAACCACAGACUCCAGUAAAUGUAGUUGAGGAUUAUGUUGAAUUAGCAGAUAUGGUAUUAAUUAUGACUGUAGAACCAGGUUUUGGUGGUCAAAAAUUUAUGGAACCAAUGAUGGAAAAGGUAUCAUGGCUUAGGAAAAAUUAUCCUACAUUGGACAUAGAAGUUGAUGGGGGUGUUGGACUGGAAACUAUUGAUGCAUGUGCAAAGGCUGGUGCAAACAUGAUUGUUUCUGGAACAGCUAUCGUAGGUUCUUCCGAUCAAGCCAAAGUUAUCCAAACUCUAAGAGACUCAGUAAAUUGUGCAUUGCAAAAUAAUUGACAAUAAGAAGGGAAGGAAAGUAUCUCUUCUACAUAUAAGAUUGAUAUGUUGUACUUAUAUGUUACAAAUUUUGCAAAUAUAAAAUUUUGUUUACAAUUUCUUACAAAAAUAAAAAGGCAAAUUAUUAUUUUCUAUUUUCGUGUCAUUAUAGUCACUUAUAUUCACCGAUAGUUUAUAUAUUUGUAAAAUUGUUAAACUGGGUAUUUGGCAAUAAAGAGACUUUAGGAAAUAA